AUCGACCAGACAUCACACUCGCACCACCGUCCACCACAGUCGGUAGUCGCACACAUUUUCAAACACAAAUCAAGCACACCCACACGCCAUGGCUCGUUUCUUGUGUUUGCUCCUGUCCACCGCCGCAUUGGUCGUCGCCGCGUACGGAUCACCGCUGACCAACGACAGACAACUUCAGGAUGGCAACGGCGCAGACGAGCCGGGACUCACGGAUCAACUGCAGGAGCUCAUCGAGAAGCGCGACGUGUCAGUGGAACUCGGAGGCGCAACCGUCACCCUGUCGCCCAGGAACUUGGACGAAAACGAACUGGGCCUGACCCUGAGACUUCCCAGCUCCGCCGAACCCAGAAGCAAACGACACAAGCUCAAGAAGAUCCUGAUGCCCAUCAUGGUGUUCGUCAUGCUCAAGGCACUCACACUCAUCCCGCUCGCCAUCGGAGUGUUGGGCUUGAAGGCGUGGAACGCUCUGCAACUGUCCUUCUUCUCGUUCGUCAUAUCCAUCGGACUGGCCAUCUUCCAGUUGGUGAAGAAGGCUUCCGAAUCACCACCAUCCCUGACCACCCACGACGCCGGCAUCUACGGAGCCCCGCCAGCGCACUACGCCAGGAGCAUCCAGGAACACGCCCACCAAUUGGCUUACGGUUCCAACCAAGUCAGAUAGACGUUUUCCAUCUGAGCUGACACGGCUUGCGACGCGACUCGUGUGUGUAUGUGUGUUGUGAACGUGCGUGCGGUUCGUGUCGUCCCGUCGCUGCUGCGUCUUCCGCACGUCAAUUACCUACACUGCUACAGAAUAACAUUUAUUUAUUUCGACUAUUUAUUAUUAUUAUUAUUAUAAUUAUUUUUAUUUCUAUUUUAUUAUUACGAAAAGCCAACGACUGUAAAUACAUUAUACUCGAUGUUCUUAUUGUUUGUAAAUCCGGUUACUGCAGACCCUAUUGUUGCUUGCGAUUGAAAAAUAUUAUAGUAUAUUUUAUUAAUCUAA